CGCUGGCGGCGCGGGCGGUCGGUGGCCGCGAUUUCCCGCCAUUGUGAGAAGUGGAGGCUCGGAACGUCUCCCCCUCCUCCGGUCGCUGGCCAGCAGCUCCGAGGCGCUCGUCCCCGUCACCGCAGCCGCCUCUCCCUGAGACGCGCGGAGGCCCGUGGCUCGCGACGCCCCCCGCGCGUGGGAGGGCGCGGACGAAGAGCGGCCGAGCCCCCGAGGAGAAGCCGGGCUCCGAGCGCGCUCGGCCCGCAGAGGAGCGCCGCACGGGCCGCGCUGGCCCCGGCCCUCAGCGCCAUGCCCUGUGGAGAAGACUGGCUGAGCCACCCGCUCGGGAUCGUGCAAGGCUUCUUCGCACAAAAUGGAGUUAAUCCUGACUGGGAGAAGAAAGUUAUUGAAUACUUCAAGGAAAAGCUGAAGGAAAAUAAUGCUCCUAAAUGGGUACCAUCACUGAAUGAAGUCCCCCUUCAUUAUCUGAAGCCCAACAGCUUUGUCAAGUUUCGUUGCAUGAUUCAGGAUAUGUUUGACCCUGAGUUUUACAUGGGAGUUUAUGAAACAGUUAACCAGAACACAAAAGCACGAGUUCUUCAUUUUGGAAAAUACAGAGAUGUAGCAGAAUGUGGGCCUCAACAAGAACUUGACUUGAGCUCUCCAAGGUCUACCACUUUGGAAAGACAGACCUUCUACUGCGUCCCCGUGCCUGGGGAGUCUUCAUGGGUCAAAGAGGCCUAUGUCAAUGCAAACCAAGCUCGAGUCAGUCCCUCGACCUCCUAUACUCCCAGUAGGCACAAGAGGAGUUAUGAAGAUGAUGAAGAUAUGGACCUACAGCCCAGUAAACAGAAAGAGCAACAUUCAGGUGCCCGGCAAGCAGGAGGCCUCGGGGGCCUUCACUGGUGCGGAGAGCCAAAACGCUUAGAAACGGAAGCUUCCUCUGGGCAGCAGCUGAACUCCCUGAACCUCUCGUCCCCAUUUGAUCUGAACUUUCCUCUGCCAGGAGAAAAGGGUCCUGCCUGCCUCGUUAAGGUCUACGAAGAUUGGGAUUGCUUCAAAGUCAAUGAUGUUCUUGAGUUAUACGGUGUGCUCUCUGUGGACCCUGUCCUAAGCAUACUGAAUAAUGAAGAAAGGGAUGCCUCGGCACUGCUGGACCCCAUGGAGUGCACAGACAUGGUAGAAGAGCAGAGGGUACACAGCCCACCAGCUUCACUAGUGCCAAGAAUUCAUGUGAUUUUAGCCCAGAAGUUGCAACACAUCAAUCCAUUGUUACCCACUUGCCUUAACAAGGAGGAGAGCAGAAGUUGUCAGUUUGUGUCCAAUUUCAUGUCUGAGUUGUCUCCAGUCAGAGCAGAGCUACUUGGAUUCCUCACUCACGCGCUCUUGGGAGACAGUUUGGCUGCUGAAUAUCUUAUAUUGCAUCUCAUCUCUACAGUGUAUACAAGAAGAGAUGUUCUUCCACUAGGAAAAUUUACAGUUAACCUGAGUGGUUGCCCGAAGAACAGUACCUUCACGGAACACCUCUACCGGAUCAUCCAACAUCUUGUUCCAGCAUCUUUUCGUCUACAGAUGACAAUAGAAAACAUGAACCAGUUGAAACUCAUUCCCCACAAAGACUAUACAGCCAACCGACUGGUCAGUGGCCUCCUUCAGCUGCCCGACAACACUUCCCUGGUCAUUGAUGAGACUCUUCUGGAGCAAGGGCAGUUGGACACACCAGGUGUUCAUAAUGUAACUGCCCUGAGCAACCUGAUAACCUGGCAGAAGGUGGAUUACGACUUCAGUUAUCACCAGAUGGAGUUCCCAUGCAAUAUCAAUGUUCUCAUCACAUCUGAGGGGAGGUCACUACUUCCGGCAGACUGCCAGAUUCACCUGCAGCCCCAGCUGACACCACCCAACAUGGAGGAGUACAUGAACGGCCUGCUCUCGGCUGUGCUGCCAUCUAUGCUCAACAAGUUCCGAAUCUACCUGACCUUGUUGAGAUUCCUAGAUUACAACCUAUCAGACGACAUAACCAAGGCAGUUGAAGAUGAUUUUGUGGAAAUGCGUAAAAAUGACCCUCAGAGUAUCACGGCUGAUGAUCUCCACCAGCUGCUCGUGGUGGCUCGAUUUCUGUCUCUGAGCGUCGGUCAGACAACACUCUCCAGAGAGCGCUGGCUCCGAGCGAAGCAGCUGGAGCAUUCCAGGAAGAACAGGCUUCAGCAGCACAAGAGUGUGAAUGGGAACGAGCUUUAGAACUCUGAACGUGCGGGGAACGGCAAGCUACGGCCUCUGUGCUGUACAAUCCACAGUCCUUUAUACCACAUGGUUUUAUAGGUAAUUUGUAUCCAAAAAACAGUGACUUUUCCUGAAAUCAAGUCUGGUGACACCUAAAGUUUAUAUGAUUCUCUGUAAGGAUUUUUACCUUACUGGUUUUAUGGAGUUUUGGAGUUUGUUUUAUAAUUAGUUAUGAUGUACAAAAAUGUAUUUGAUAUUAAAGGUUUAAUAAUGAUAAUGUUGCUGAUCACACACUUUCUUAGCCACAGCUACAUCUUAGACCAGACUAUGAAGUGCCAGCUUCCUCUGCAGAGUUAUUUGAAGAGCUGUGUUAAUUCAGAACAGGUCUGAGUGACAAGUUCCAGAUGUGACUUCUGUAGUGUCAUUUUCUACACAGUUGCCACAGAAGCAGUUUCCCAUGUACCAGCUGUAACAGCCGGCAGAACUGGCCUUUCCCCUGGCAGCAGUUCCUGGCUUUCAGAUUUCAUAGACUGGUAAUACCUUUCUGGGGUAGGGGUGCCAAUUGAUUUUGCCAAGUCAUUUGAAAGAAAAAGAAGAAAACACACUGUGAUCACUAUUUUGUUUUCAUAAAGGACAUUCUCAGAACACGAGCACCUUUUAAUGGAAUAAAUGCAGCUUUGUGAAGACCACCACAUUGUCCUUAACUUUUCUCAUCUCCUGCAUCUGUCACCUGCAACUGACAUUUUAUGGGAUUGCGGGGACACUGCUCUCGUGGAACCUUGUCCAGACAUGAAAAAAUGCUACUUAAACAGUAAAGUUUGAGGGGAGGAACCUUUCUUUAUUUUUUGGUGCUGUUUAUCGAAUCCUGGCUUCUCAUACAUGCUAGAGAAGUGUAGUCUCCAUUGAGCUACAUCCCCAGCCUGUGCAGGGUGGAGAUGUUUUUCAUUUUCCUCAUUAUUUAACUGACUCGAUGAAUGUACUGCAUUUUGAGCUUUUAAUAAAAGUAACACCAUUUACUAGUGCAGUAAAGGCCCAUACAGUUACAGGUAGCUUUUCCUCCGACCAAUUCAUUUUGAUAUGUGUAUUUUCAAAUGAACAAAAAUGUUAGUACUUAUAACUAGCAAGUUAAUGUAGUAUAAUGGCGAUUGUAACAACAAGAAUCUUUAGAAAAGUUAGAACCUCGCUGUUAUUCUCAUCUACUGUGUGUAUGAAGAUGAAUUCACUUGGAAACAGAUGAAUGCAGUGGUCCCUUAAUUUCUUUCCUGCUAACCAAGGAAACAGGGUCGGCCUUGAUAAAUCAAGGGAGUCGCCUAAUGGAAGGAAGUACAAACUACUAGUUAUUCAGCAUUCUUUUCUGCAAAUCUAUUUUUAUAAGUUAAUGUAAAUAAUGUUCAUACUAGAAUUCUAACUGGUUUUCAUUUUUAUAACUGGUAGACAGAUCUUCCUUAAACUUUUGAAAAUAAAGUGUUCACAUAGAUUUUUGAAAAUGCAUUUUCUUUGUCCUAGAACAAAGUUUUUAGUUUGUCAAACUGUACCAAUGUAAACUGUAAUUUACCAAAGAGAAGUCAUCUUUUUGCUUGGUCUUACAGAAAAGUUCCCAUAAAUAACCCUGUCCAGUAAAUAAAACUUCCAGACUGCCAGUACCAUGGGCCAUUUUUCAUGAAUUAGAAAUACAGGAUAGCAGCUCCUCAAGUUGAACUGGAAGAGAUGGGCUCGGCGGCUUUCUGAGGCACCGUCUCUCCCUUGCCUACACACACAUGUUCACAUCUGUAGCUCUGAGCUGGAUCAGAUAGGAACCCUGACCAGGCAGCUAGGUCUCUUUGGAAAUAACCAUUGCUUUAACUUCUGUUGUCACAUCUCUUCAUGGAUUGUUUCUUUGGAAACAUGCAUUAUCUUCCCAUCUGGCCUGGCUUAAUACUGAAGACCCUUAAAAAAAAAAAAAAAGGAGUGGGGGAAGACUGCAGCAGUUUUUAAUGUCUGGGAUUUGAAAUACAGUUUUCAUUUUUAAUUAGAAAUUGAAAAUUCAAAACGAGUAUUUGGUUAUAGCAAACUUAGCAUUUAUGAAUUCUUUGAUUGAAAACGACUCUUAUUAUUAAAUGCUAUACAAGAAAUCCUCAGACACUGAUGU